AAAGAAUUCCCUAAAAGGUAGCUCUGAUGAAAAGGCGGUUAUCGGGGUAAACUGCGCGGUUGUUUGCAAACAUCCGAGUCCAUACUGAACCUCGUUUUUUUUAACUCAUCCCCUCUUUUUUAAUUUUUUUUCUUUCGUUCUGUUUUCGUUUUCUCUUUCGAUGCCUUUUCUGGGGCUUGAACCACACAACCAUCGCGAAUGAUGGCGUCCCUCAAGCGCAUCAUCGCGGGCGCGCUGUGCCUCAUCCUGCUCAGCAUCGGCCCGGUCCGCUGCGACAAGGCCGAUGCCGAGACCAUCAAGACCGACGAUCCCGACAUCACCAUGUUGACCGGCACACGGAGCGACGCGACCGAGUCGAGCACCGAUGUCCCGACUGGCAUCUACCAUACUCCUUCCUCUCGCGAGACCGACGCAACGACCAGCCUGCCCACCGGCCGCGGCCAUCUCACCGAGAGCGACACGGAGGCGACCUCUUCCGAGACGGUGACGUACAUCACCGGCUCGCACGCGUCCUCGUCGACGACCACCUCGGAUAAGAAGACGUCGAGCACGACGUCAACGUCGACGGCCCCUCCGCAACCGACCAACACACGCCCCUGCAACAACUAUCCGGAGCUCUGCGACCGCAAGUACGGCAACGUCACGCAGGUGGGCUGCCACAACAGCCCCUUUGUGCGCUCGGGCAGCGCGGCGGCCAACCAGCAGUUCCCGGUGGUGGACCAGCUCAAUGACGGCGUGCGCUUCCUCCAGGCGCAGAUCCAGUGGCCCGUCAACGGCACGGUGCCGCACUUCUGCCACACGUCGUGCGACCUGCUCGACGCCGGGCCCAUCACCGACUGGCUCCGCCAGGUCAAGGACUGGGUCGCCUCGCACCCCUACGACGUGGUCACCAUCCUGCUCGGCAACGGCAACUACUCGACCCCGGACAAGUACGCGCCCUACAUCGAGGAGUCGGGCAUCACCAAGUACGCCUUCACGCCGGGCCUCGGGCUCAUGACGGUCGACGACUGGCCGACGCUGGGGCAGCUGAUCCUGUCGGGCCAGCGCGUCAUCAUGUUCCUCGACUACAUGGCCAACCAGACCGCCUACCCCUGGCUGCUCGACGAGUUCGCCUACAUGUGGGAGACCCCCUUCGACCCGGUCGACGACGCGUUCCCCUGCAUCGUGCAGCGCCCGCCCGGGCUGCCCCAGCCCGACGCGAAGCGGCGGCUCUACCUGAUGAACCACAACCUCAACGCCGAGGUGUCGCUGCUCGGCCAGUCGCUGCUCGUCCCCGCCGUCAGCCGGCUCAACGUGACCAACGCGGCCCAGGGCCCCGGCAGCCUGGGCAUGGCCGCCAACAACUGCCGCACCGACUGGGGCCGCGCCCCCAACGUGCUCAACGUCGACUACUACAACUACGGGAACUACCCCGGCAGCGUCUUCGAGGUCGCCGCCAGGAUGAACAACGUCUCGUGGACGCGGCGGCCGUGCUGCGGGCCGGACUCGAGCGCCGCCGCGAGGAUGGAGGUGGCGAGGGCGGUUGCGUGGAUGGGGUUGGCCUGGGCCGUCUGGAUGACGGUCUAGGUUUUUUUCUUUUCUUUUUUUUUUUUUUUUUGCUGUUGUUCUCUUUCUUUUCCUCUUAUUGUGUGUUCUGGGACAUGGCAUCAUCGCACGGCGUUAAGGAGUCGUAUCUAGAACAAAAAGGGAUCAGUACCGCUUGUUGGUGGUGGGACACCCACCGGAGAUGAGGGAAGCGCAGGCGAUCCCUCCAACGAGAGCGAGUGAUAGAUAUUGAUUCGCACGAAUCCACUAUAUAUAUAUAUGGGAGGGAAACUGGCUGCCGAGGUAGUUAGGACAAAUGGUUUUGAUAUUAAUAUUAAGACUGCAGGAACAAGUCUAAUGUACGGAGUACCUCGGUAGGGAAGUAAACAAGCGUCAUCCCUUCGUUGAAACAGAUAACCGAAUCCCGUGCACAACUAUCCC